AGUAAAAACUAAAAUUAUCCAUAUUUAACACCAAAAAACGCGCAUUUGAGUUCAUUCUACAGCGGUAUUACGCUUUUAGCAGAUUGAAGAGGAUAUACAUUAAAAAUGGUGGAAUCAGAUAUAUCACAACUGCCUCGGCUAAAUAAUAACGAGUUUUUGAACUUUAUACCGCACCUUGAAUUAGAAGAACUUUUAAUGACACAAAUAAAAGUAAAUGGACGUUGGGAUUUUUUGUUCAGUGCUUCAUUUAAGAAAGAAAACCAGCUGAAUUCACUUUCGUGCCUUGCUUGCAAAGAAUUUGUAGAAUGCCCGAAGUUUAGCAAUCACAUCAGAGCAAAAUUCCACGAAGAAGCACUGAAAAAUGUCGAACAGUUCUAUCAUCCUUUUUAUACAUAUAACAAGGAUUGCGAAAAAGUUGCAGGUGGUGGAGAUGUUUCUGAAAAUGAACUCGGGGCUGCUAACAAACUUUCUAACGAUACUAAAAAUCUGGAGAAGACGCCUAUAUCUAAACUGAAAUUGAUUGCUCAAUGCGUUCGAGAAUGUGAAGGCAAUUUUUUAAGUUCAUUUACAGAUAAUGAAGCAUUAGCUAAAACGAUUUUAGCAAAAAAUGUUACCAAGCCUGAGGAAAUAUUGAUAGAUGUUAAAUUGCCACUUCCAGAUAUUUUAACAAUCGAAUUCAGUGUGGAGAAGGGCAAGUGGAUUCGGAUGGUAACCGUGAACAAAACUGCAAAUACAAAAUUCUACUGUGCUUUAUGCUCAAAGUUCUGUUUUGGAAUUAUAACGGUGGACAAUCAUUUCAAAGGAUUAGCGCACAAACGAGCUCAAAUAGCAUGCUUAGCCGUUCGCUGUUCAAGUUACAAGUUUUUGACCAAGAAUUGUAUAUUCAGCCAUGGUGAAAAGUUUUCCCUUAACGUAAAAAAAUCAGCCACGCAAAGUUUCAAUAACGAUAUAUUACCAAAAUCUAACGAUACUGAGAAUCUACAAAAAAUUGAAGGAGCAAAAGAGACACCGAAAAUUAAGGAAGAAAAGCCACUAGAAAGUGCCCAAAAUGAUUCUGAAACUAACACAAAGCUAGCUUUAUCUGCUUCAAUCGCAGAUAAAGUUAAAAACAUAAGAGAAACAAUUCAAUUUCAGAAUAAGAAUGUGGAGGGACUAAUAGGAGUGGAAUAUGUUGUUAAAAUCAUAAAAACAACUACUGAUAAAUAUCCGAUGUACGAAUGUUGUCUUUGCGAAAUCGUACUAAAUGAAAAUCGGAUGCAAGGACAUCUAACUGGAUAUAAUCAUCGGCUUAAAUAUUGUGAGUUGCAUUACCCUAACACCAUCGAAAAGUUUAAAGAUGCCAUUGGGCAUGUUAAGUAUAUUGAUUACUUCAAUGUAAUGAAUCAUAUUUUAUCAAAAAUUGCCACUGGAAUCGAGGAGCAUCAUGGACGAAGCACCCCUUUUGUGGCGCUGUUAUCUACUUAUACCAAAAUGAGAACCGAAUUGAUUGCAAAAAUAUAUAGUUAUCCCAAUGCUUGCCAACAACAUGGACCAUCAUUCACAAACGUUAUAAGUGAGGAGGAAAUUAAACAGAUAAUUACUGAACAUUCAGAAUACGUGACCCAAACUAAUAAUUAUGCCAGGUUCGCUGAAAAACCAGAGCAAAAACUUUAUUUAAAUCAACGAUGCCAUGAUCCAUCCAAAAGAAAUUCCGAAUAUGUGGAUAUUCGUAAAAGAAAGCGUUCAUCAUCUCCAAGCGUCAAUAAAAAACCCAGCAAGCGUCCUUCACGUUCUCGGUCACCACAGAAUGUUUCAGUAAAAAAAAAAAUACAAUCUCGGCAACAUUUAGUUAAUACACCAAAUGCCUCCUCGUUUCAUCGGGAUGAAGAAGCAGUCGUAACUUAUGAAAUCGAACGCAUGUAUAGAGAGUAUCGAAAAAAUCCAGAAAGCCAUCCUCUUUACGAUGAAGAAUGGAAUGGAUUUUGGCGUCGGCGUAAGGAACAACUUAUUUCACAGGGAAUAGAUCAUCGAUCUCACAAUUAUCAACCUGAGUGGGUUAAAUACUUCAAAAAUCGUUUAGAGGAACUUUUUGAAAAAGAAAUUUGUGAUUCAAAAAUGGAAGUACGAAAGCGCUCUUCAGAGUUUGAAAGGAGUAAUUCUUCAAAUCGCUUUAUUAACCACAUUGGACUAAAACCUGAUAAUGCUUAUGGAAUUCAGGAUGAAAAAUGGUCUCCAGAUGUAAUCUCACAUUCUUCACAUUCUCGUUACAUGGAAAGUGAAAAUAAAAUGGCUGAUGGCAAACCCACUGUAAUCCAUGUGCUCCGACUUUUAACUGCCUUAGAAGAUUAUCUUGGUAGUUUAGGAGCGAAAAUAAUGAAUUUACUUUCCAAAGCUUUAAUGAUAGAGAAAAAUUGUAAUAAUUUUGAGUUAGAACAACAAAUUUUGACCUUUGAUAAUUGUACCCUUUUGGAAACUGCUGUGGAAAAGUUGAAAGGAAUAUUAUUUGCUGGAUUACUCGACAGAACUAAGUUACAGGGGUUCAAUCGUGUUAUACAAUUUACCACUGAUUUACUUAAACAUGCCGAUAAAAUGGGAUGGCGGAGCAUGCAGCAAUCCUUCCCCAAUAAAGUGGAAAAGCCGGUAUUUUUAAACUUGGCCGAUGCUGUACAAAACACUCGUACUAAUACAUUCUCUUCUACUCAAAAGUCACUGUCGGACACACUAAUGGAGCUAUUAUCAAUGCAGAAAACUAACAGCCAAACUUCUGUAAAUAACUCCCAUAAUCCAAAAAUAUAUAAUGACCACAAUCAAGGAAUGCACAUACCAGCCGUAGACCAGUAUUCUGUUAACGCUAAUUCUCGGGGUGGUCAUUGGCAAAAUCUAGGAAAGAAAGAAAAUUUUCUAACCAAACCUCCAUAUUUCGAGGGGCACUUCAACGGAGGAACUAAAAAUGACGCCAUUAAUCAGAACUUUACGAACCCUAUGUUUAAUAAACCAUCAAAUUUUGUAAACAUUGGGACGCUUGGAAGAAUACCAAAUCCGAAUUACAAGCCGAUAGGUGACAACUUUUAUCAAACGGAGGACUAUGGAGCUGCUAUGAAGAGAAAUGCUUCAUUAAAUAAAAAUUAAUACGUUAAUAAAUUUUUGCAAGAAUUACA